AUGGCAGAAUUUGCUGAGGACGAUGCAAUCCCCAGCGGCUGGCGCACCCGACAACCGGGCUUUACCAUCUGGGCGCUUCUAUCCGUCGUUCGAGUCUCGUUUGUCGGCUUCUGCUACAGCAUCUACUACAUUCCGGCCUCAUUACGUCAGAGUCCAACAUGGUCAUAUCGGCAAGCAGUACGGUCGCGACUGUUGAAAGUUGCCUUUGGCAUCAUCGCCGAGCUCGGUUUCACACAAUCUCUCAGCAUGGAGGCGGGCGAUCUCGGUGAUCGGUGGGUUAUUAUGGAACCAGCUCCAGGAGAAUCAUACCCCCGUGCUUUCGCAAGUGAGACUGUCAAACCGGAGAGUAUAGGUGCGACCUGGUACCCCGAUGCUCCGCCAAAGAAACCCGAUCCCGACGACCAUGGUUUGAUCGUGCUAUCUUUUCACUCGAGUUCUUUUCUAUGGCUAGAUGGACGACCGGGUGAUUCUGCAGACACUGCAAACAUGCUCAACAGCAAACUAGGCCCCGGAACGCGGUCUCUGUGGGUACAAUAUCGUCUUGCAGGUGGAAAAAACCCGACCCCGUACCCAGGACCUAUGCAAGACGCGGUGACCGCGUAUCUCUACCUCGUGAAGGAUAUGGGAAUCUCCCCAUCCCGCAUAAUUGUAGCAGGUGACUCUUCUGGCGCAACAAUAGCGGUAGCUCUUCUGCGCUACCUCGUUUCCAACGACAAUCUCGAUCCCGAGCUCAAUGAGCUGCCACAACCUAAAGCAUGCAUGAUAUUUUCACCGUCAGUCGAAUACAGCUUCGAGGGGGACUCGCACGCCUUUCACACACAUCGAAAUCAGAAGACCGACUAUUGUGAUGGACAUAUGGCCGCCUGGGGUGCACGGGCAUUUGCACCGCCAGCGACCGUUCGAUUAGACAGCCCGUAUUUAUCUCCAGCGCUCCAUCCAUUCGCGACCCCGGUGCCUAUCUUCGCUCAAGCUGGAGGUGCCGAGGUACUCUGUGACAGUGUCAGAGGGUUCACGGAUGGAAUGCGUGCUAUCCCGAGCAAUCGCAUUGAAUAUUUAGAGACUCCAGAUGUGCCACACGAUAUUUAUGGUACUGGGAAACUACUCGGGUGGCAAAAGGAACAAGAGGAGAUCAUCGAUGCCGCCGCCAGAUUCGCUCUGUGA